AGCCCGAAAAGUGUAAUCAGCUCCCUGUGUUGUCAUCAAGCAUUUUCCAGGCGUGAAAAGUGACUCGAUUCGCUGGAAUUAUGUAGCAGCGCUAGCCCGAACGCAAGCAAUCCGCGGAAGUGCACGUGUGUGAACAGAUUGGGGACGGGUACGGGUGGCGUCGGUCUCGGAAAACGGCGUCCAAAAACCUGCAUCGUCGACCCUCGGCGCUCUCGGUCUCGCUCGCUCUUGGCUUUCCCAACAAUGGCGACCACACCACCGGGCCCGCGAAUUUCGAUGAUGACGAGCUCGAUCCGCAUCGGAAACAGGGGCACCACCAGAAGCGCCAGGAUGACGGGCUCCAGAGCCUAGCGCCCCGCGAGAGGACGAUCCGAGCGACGCGUCGCGUUUUUACCUCCAGCAACCGAUCGGAAACGCUCCGUCCCCCUGCAGGCGUCCAUAUCGAAGCAGCAGCAAAAGAAGAAGAAGAAGAAGAAGAAGUGACCGAUCGUGGCUCUGCGCUGGCUCUGACGGCUGGCGUGCCUCACGAAUUAGCGGCGGAGCACCCGAUAGUGCUCGCGCGGGUAGCAGCGGUAGUAGCAAAGGCACGGACCCGAGGAUGUUCGAUCGAAGACGCGGAACACGCGUAGUGUGACCGCGAAAAUUUUUCCAAAACCCCUGCCCUCCCCGUGGCCUCUCGAAAUUGUGAAAUCCUUUUCGGCCGCGGAACUAGAUUCUAGUGCUUGUUAUCUGACCUGACGUAUGCAUGUGUAUCUGUUUGAGUGUGUGUGUUUAGUGAAUAAGUUCCCGUGACGUGACGUGACGAAGAGAAGAAGCCUCCGUGAUCCGCGAUUCUACGAAGAGAGAGAAAAAAAAAACGAAGCAAAACCGGGAAGUCGGACGGGCUUGACUCUUGGCCCCCCUGAGAACGCAUGCUGCGAUCGUAGCGCCGUAGAAACGAAAGAGAAAUCCAAAAGUGUGCGACACACACAACAAGAACGUUUCAUUGGAUGUGUGUUUGGUUUUCGGAGGUUUCGGGAAAAUUCAAGGGCACGCUAGGGCCUCACCGGGCACCGCACACCACACCCCGACCACACCCCUACCACGCGCUAGCAGCCAAGGUGGGAAGGAAAACCAGCGGCUGGGGGACGAUUGUGUUGCGGUCGUUUGUUGAUUAAUUAAUUAGCUUAAGGUGUAGUUUGUGCGUUAGUUGCGGGGGUUGGCGUUGGAUCGGGAACGCGGAGAUAGAACACAGCCUGGAUUGGCCUCGCCGACGCCGAUUAAGCAACCAGUCAUCAUGGAUCCGGAACAGAUUCUGUUGGAUAGCAACGAUUUCGAUGACGGGUCCGAUUACGGUGACUACGAUUUCAUGCAGGAUCAGGAUGCGCUUUCGAUGAGUGCACCACUUGAUGCCAUUCUGGACCCAUCGACCACGCCGAUCUCGUGUCAAUCGUCACCGAUCGAGGAGUCGCUAAGAGGAGCGCUUGGUGCGAAUCUUGAAGAAGCGGCCCCGGCGACGGCUGGGGGAGCGGCAGGAACUGCGACAUCAGCGGCACCACCACCGGUCGUGGUUCGAUUAACCACCGAUUCCUCCUCUGUUUCACGCACGACGACAAGCAGCGUGCAGCUGAAGCCGAACACACCGAAGCUUACCAUAAAGACGGUGGUUCUCGGUUCAUCGGCGACCACCACUACCACCACCGUUGCCAGUGUAACGAACAGUUCCAGCGGCACGGGAAGCACCGGCCGAUCGUCAACCUCCUCUUCGACCUCAUCGUCACCGUCCUCUUCCUCGCCUUCACCUUCGAUCGGCGGCCUCAGCGCGUCACCGGCUGCUCCGGCGGUAGGCUCCGGUGGCAUCCGGUUUGGGCUCGGCGGUGGUAAACCAUCGGCGGCCGCCCUACGGCGAGGACCUGGUCGGCCAAAGAAAGAUUUCAUUCCACUGCUAAAGAUGUCAUCCUCGUCGGCGGCAAACAAUGGUUCGACCGCGCCAAACCCCGGCGGCAACAGUAGCAGCAGCGGCAGCAGCUUCAGCUCAGGUGCAACGCUCGCCGGUGGUGCAACGACGAUCAUUAAGCUGACCAGUACGGGUGGAGGGCUUGCGGCCGCCCUGGCCGCUAGUGGCGCCAGUGGCAGCUCACUGGCGACCGAAAGUAAAGUCGUGAAGAGAUACAAGAAUACUAAUGUUGUUCGUGGUGGUAUUCCUAAAAGGAAAGUGGAGCUGGCAGCGCUUACCAUGCAGCAGGAUAGUGGCCAUAGCAACAACAGCAGUAGUAGCAGCAACAGUACCAGUGGUGCUGCAGCAGCAGUAGUUUCUGGGGUAGUAGCAAGCGGUGCUGGUAACGCGGUUACACCGCUAAACUCCUCAUCAUCCUCGCCGAACGGUCCACAACCGACCACGACGGUGCCACUUGGCUCACUGUUGGCCUCGCCGAGCGAGGAAUCGGCAGCAAUCGGCGCUGGUGGCAGUACAACCGCCAACAGUUCCGUUGCGUCGACACCGACCGCCGAGCUGGAGCUGGUGUCCGAUCCGGCUACGCUUAUGCCGCCGGCCGCUGCCCCCGUCGACGAUAUGCCGUACUUUCCGGAGAAAUAUCCCGGCAAACUGUGCAUCCUGUGCAAUCUCGGCGAACGGAGUCAGCUCGGGCAGGGUGAGAUGCAGCGCAUCGAGAUGACGAUGCCGGCCGAUCAGCUGGCCUCGGCACUGUCAUCGCAGGAGGAGAAAACACAUUCCGUUGCUACCGGUAGCAGUGAGUCUGGCGGUAACAGUCCCAGGACGAUCGCGAGCCUUGUGCCGCCCUUCACGGCCAACAGCAAGCGCCAGAAGGGGUCCAACAAGUGCAAAAAUCCGAUCGCUAACGCAGAGUACACGGAUGAGCUGGAAAAGAUCGGACACCUGGAGGCGCAAGAUACGUCCUUCAACGAUGGUGGUUUCUUCUACAUUCACCGUUCCUGUGCCAUCUGGUCGUACGGUGUCGUGUGGCAUCAGUUGAGCGGAAAGUUCAGCAACCUGGAGCUAGUUGUAGCGCAAAGCCUUAAUCGAAGAUGCCACUUUUGUGCCCACUUCGGUGCCAGUUUAUCGUGCAAGAUGUCCUGCCCGAAGUGGUACCAUCUUCCUUGCGUCGCCGCUUCCGGCGGCUUCCAGGUGAUCCAGACGUACAACAUCUUCUGCAAGGAGCAUCUUGGACAAGUGCCUUUAGUGUGUGCGGAGGACAUCAACUGCCGGCAGUGCUCGGCGCUGGGCGAUGUCGGCAAUCUGAUCAUAUGCUCGCUCUGUGGCGAUCACUACCAUGGCACGUGCGUGGGGUUAGCGCAGUUACCGGGCGUCCGUACCGGUUGGCAGUGUAACUCGUGCAAAAAGUGUCAAAUCUGUCGUGUACCUGAUUCGUCUGAGGGCCGCUCAGUGGCGUGCGAGCUGUGCGACAAGAUCUACCACGCCAGCUGCCUCCGUCCGAUCAUGACGUCGAUACCGAAGUUUGGAUGGAAGUGUCGCUGCUGUCGCGUCUGCUCGGACUGUGGUGCGCGUACGCCUGGGGCGGGCGCAUCGUCCCGUUGGCACUCGCACUACACAGUGUGUGACUCGUGCUAUCAGCAGCGGAACAAGGGUUUCUCCUGUCCGAUCUGCCACCGGGCGUACCGGGCGGCCGCGUACCGGGAGAUGGUGAAGUGCAGUGUGUGCUCCAAGUUCGUCCACAGUACCUGCGAUCCCGAUGCCGAUUUGACGGUGUACAACGGCCGGAAGGAGGCCAACCCGGAUUAUGAGUAUCUGUGCACACCGUGUAAGGCCGCAAUCCAUAGUGGCCGGCUAGUGGCAGCCGUAAGGCGUGGCAUUAGCAUGGAAGACGAUGGCAGUGGUAGCGGGUACGGUGGAGGAUCCCUAUCACAGGAAGGUUUCACGGAUGAGGCUAUGGAGGUGGACGGUUUCGAGGCCAGUAGUGGUGGUAGCGGUGCUGGUGCAAGCGGUGGCGUCGGCAGUGGUAAUGGUGCAAGUGCGAGCAGCCUUGGUGGCGCUUUGGGGCUGCGUAACGAGCGCCUCUCUUCGAUGGAUGUUGGCCUUGGCAAGGGCAAACCGUACGUGGCCAGUAAGAUUGCCAAAAAGCGGCUCAACCUAGCGCUCGCCAGUGCCAUGUGUGGAAUGCUGGGAGGAGGGAAUCGACCGAAGGGCGGAAUCGGUAAGGGAUUCCAGAAGAAAUCACGCCUCGCCGACAUCACACGGAAGCGUGGUACGAAGGCAAAGAUGCGCGGAAUUUUCGGUGUGCCCGGGCUAGGACUACAGAGACCAACGGUUGAUCUAGCCUCGUCGUCGAUCAAAACAACCGAAGAUGAACCGGGUGGCGAGAAUCGGUUAGUGCUGUGUUCGGCCAAAGACAAGUUCGUGCUGACGCAGGACAUUUGUGUGAUGUGCGGUGCGAUCGGAACCGAUCAGGAAGGAUGCCUGAUCGCCUGCACGCAGUGUGGCCAGUGCUAUCAUCCGUACUGCACGAACGUGAAGGUCACGAAGGUGAUCCUGCAGAAGGGCUGGCGAUGUUUGGACUGUACGAUCUGUGAGGGGUGCGGCCAACGCAACGAUGAGGCUCGGUUAAUCCUGUGCGAUGAUUGUGACAUCUCGUAUCACAUCUACUGCAUGGAUCCACCACUCGAACAGGUACCGCAGGGUACGUGGAAGUGUAAAUGGUGCGCCAUUUGCCAGAAGUGUGGUACCAACAGUCCGGGCUUUAAUAGUGGCUGGAUGAAUAGCUACACCGAGUGUGGCCCGUGUGCUAGCCAAACGAACUGUCCUUCCUGCAACGAUGGGUACGCCGAUGGUGAACUCAUCAUCCAGUGUCACCAGUGCGAACGGUGGCUCCAUUGUGCCUGCGAUCAGAUCAAGAACGAAGCCGAAGCGGAACGGUGUGCCGAGGAGGCCUAUAACUGUCUCAUCUGUCGGCCUCCAGAUCAACCACCACCGCAUCUGGUGCCGAAGAGGAAGAGUCUCUCCGCUGCUGGCGGUACCGGUGCUGGUGCUUUCGCCUCGCUGACGGCCUCCAAGGUGCCGGCGAAGGUGGAGGAAAAGAUCAUUCCCCUGGCCCUCGAAGGCAAUCACUACGUGGACGGCGUUUGUCUUAGUGAGCAUGGCCUUCACCAAAUCAAGGCUUUACAGGCCGAGUUUGGGAAGCGAGGAAAGCGAAAACCAAAGCUGCCGAUGGAACCACCACCACCGGCCGAGAAGGACGCUGGUAUACUGGCCGCGAUCGAAUCGGUGGUGGCUGGUAGCAGUCACGAUAAUUCGCUCGAAGAUAUGCGGUUGGAGCCACUCGAUCCAAGAGAGGAAGCCGAAAUCUACAAGGACGGCAUGGUCUGGAAUGAUCCGACACCGCCGGAAGGUUUCGCCCUCUUCACCAACGAGAGCGGCGUCGUGGUGCUACGUAAGAAGCGACAGCGAAAUCUGCAAAAACUAGGCAUCGGUGGGUUCUUUGUGCGGAACCGUGCAAUACGGACGAAGGACGGCAAAGAGGAUGAGGAUGUGGUCGAUGGGCUGGAGGAUGGUACCGGUGCGGAGGGCGGCGGUGGCACGAUUAAACCAAAGAAGAAGCCAAUCCGGCGAAAGCCAAAAAACAAGCUCAUCGAGAUUUAUCCCAACAUUCUCCAGGACGCAUUCUUUGGUCGAUCGCUGCUGAGUGCCAGCAUGCCACAGUUCGACACACCCGUCAGUGAUGAUGAGAUCAAGAGUGACGUUUCGGAUGACAAAACAGUCAAGUUGACGGCCGAGGAGUUGAAACUAUUUGAGGCUGUUAAGGAAAAGGAGGAAGAAAAUGAUUUGUUAGCCAAAGAACAGCAACAGCAGCAGCAGCAACAGCUACAACAACAGCAACAGCAACAGCACCAGCAACAACAACAACAACAACAACAACAACAGUCAGUGGCUAAUACGACACCAACACCGAUCGCAAAUGGCCAACCAGCUACAAUACCGGCUGCUGGUGUUUCAUCGAGUGAGCCAAGAGUGCAAGCGCACGGUGGCAACUUAACGACGGAUGGUCCACAAGCAACCGGUGCAACCGGUGCGACGAUGUCUUCCAACGUCACGAAUGUCGCUCCUUCUUCUGCCACUGGUGCCAGCAUUGCGGUAAACACACGAACCGGUGACAGUUCGCUAGCAGCGACGACGACGGCGGCUGCUAGCGGAGGUGUUACCAAGAUGGAAGAAGAUGAUAACAGUGAUACCGAGGCGCUCAAGGACGCACUCGGAUUGCCGAACGAUCUAAUGGAGGAAGACUUUGUCAGCCAGAUUAUGAGCGCCGAUGACGAGCUUACGAAAACGUCGGCGGCAGCCUUCGAUGACCUCACGGCCGAUGGUCGGGAUUUGAGCGAUCCGCUUGGGAAAUCGUCGAAGGAUGAAUUGGUGGACAUACUUAGCCCGCACUUUGAUCUAACCAAUUUUGGCCAGAUGGAUAGCAAGGUGGUGGAGGAAAUAUUCAAAACCGUGCUCACAGAUGAAUCACAGGAAUCUCAGGAGUCCAUUUUGGCCGGAUCCAUGACACCGUACACUUCAAACACGUCAACACCGUCGCACAGUGCGGACGUAACGAAAAAGGCUGUGAACACGCGAUACCUAACGGCGAGUGGUCAGCAGAUGGUGGUUCAUCCUUCGUCGUUACCCCAGCAGCAACAACAACAGUCACAAAUGCAUAUAGCGCAACAGCAGCAACAACUUCGAAAUCAGCAGCAGCAGCCGUUACCACAGCAACGUCCGCAACAGCAGCCGAUUUUAUCCCAGUCGCUGCAAGUGACGUCGUCUGGUAUGAUGAAUGAACAGGUGCAGCCCGGUGUCGUUGGUAUUCCAUUACAAACGGCUCCAAUGGGACCCCAAAUGGUGAACCCGAUGGGUAUGGCCCCCUCACACAUUCCACAACAAGCUAUCGGUCAGAUGCAGAUGCAACCGCCGUCGACGACAGUAGUCUCAAACGAAGGCAUUAUCCAAACGAUCAUCGAUCAGCAACAACCGAUGGGUUCGGCUUUCCCUAUAGUUUCGCCACAGCAGCAGCAACAGCAACUGCCACUCACUGUUGGUUCAACAGUCGAUAUGAAUCAGCAGCAGCAGCAGCAGAUGAAUCGAGGGUACUAUUCUAAUGACUUCCAUACGCAAAGCCCCCUGAUGACCGGAUACACGGAUCCCACUCAGUGUCAGUCACCGGUGGGCGUGAAUGCACCACAAACAACUGCACAAAUCCAGCAAACGGUAGGCGGACAGUGGCAAAAUACAAAUAUGCAGCUAGUGCACUCUGCAGGCGGCCCUGGAGCGACUGGUCCGCUAGGUAUUGCGACAGGUACCGGAGGGGCGACCACGGGCAUCCCAGACAUUAUGGGCACAGUUUCGCUGGAUGAAACGAACGUUAAAAGCGCACAGAAACUAUCGGAAAAGAUGCGCAAGGAUGAAAUGCUCGGCGAAAUGGCAACCAUUUCAUCCGUGCUGUACUGUAACCUUCAGCAUCCCGAGCUGAAAACGGAGUAUCCCAACUGGAACGAUCGCUGGAAGCAGAUCAGCAAGCGAUGGCGACUGCUGUCAAACGAAGAGAAGCAACCCUUCCUUCAGCAGGCCCGCGAUAAUCGGUCCACGAGCAAGAUGAAGAAAACGCAACAGGUACCACAAUUGUCACCCAAAGAUGGCAAUAGCAAUAGUUCAGGUACGAUGAACAUUGUUGGUCCAUCAUCCGCAUCUUCCCCUUCUUGUUCCUCAUCAUCGAACAUCUCGGGAUCGCUAAUAACGGACACGGGUUCCAUCCUAAUCGGUUCCGAUCAACAAACGGUGGCUGGCAACGGUUUGGUGCAGCAUCAUCAUCAUCUCGCCAUUCAGCAGCAACCCCAAGGCAUCACCUCAGUUCAAGGCAAUCUGCAGCAGCAGCCUCAACAACACCAGCAGCAGCAGCAGCUUCAACAACUUCAGGGACAUCAACAGCAGCAGCAACUGCUGCAUCAUACCACACUUCAGCAUCAGCAGUCGUCGCAGCAGCAGCUACUCGAGGAUCAGGAUAAGAUCAAUGCACAGCAGAAGAGCAUGCGCGAGGCGGAGCAAGAACGACAAUGGAAGCAACUGCAGCAACAGCGUGCUCGUGAACAACAAUCACAGCAACAUAUGCUACUGCCUGACCAAAGGAUGCAAGAUCCAACGAUGCAACUGCAAGUGACAACGGAUGUUUGUUCGGGUGUAGGUUCACUGGCAAGUCCGUCACCGAAUGCCCGUGGUCCGUUCGUUUCGCCGGUUAGCAAGAACCGGUUGCCACCGGGUGCGGUUCCAGGUGUUGCAGGUAACAUGAACAUGAAUGCUCCUUCAAGUCCGGUAGCAGGUAACUUUCAACAUCCCGGCAUGCCGUCAGUACGUGGACUACCGGGUCCCAUGCAGCAGCAACAGCAACAACAACAACGUCAAACCGUGGGUGGUUCGGUUAGACUACCGUUGAGUCCAUUUUCACCACAAUCACAGCAACCGCAAUCGCCACAUGACAUUCUUCCGGAAUCACCAGCCAGUCAACAUUCGGGCAUGGACCCAUUUGUGCGACCGCCAUCGGAAGGAUUGCAGGAUGGUAGUGGUGGAGGGUACGCGGUUCACCAUUCUCCGCAAACACCCCGCUCGAUGGGACAUCAAAGUCCGGUGGCUACAGCAAACCGCAGUCCAGCGUAUCCCGGUACCCAGCUGGCAACACCAAACACGGUUGGCGGUCCCGGCGGUAUUCGUGUGAAUGCGAUGGAUCCGGGUGGUUAUGCAGGUGCACCGGGAACACCGAGACCACAAUUUCCCUCAAGUACCACCACACGUCCAAUGGUGUACGCCCGCCCGGGUGAUCUGUUUGGUUCAAUGUCCAACUCACCCUUCACGUCACCUCGCUCGGAUACCUUUGUUCAGUCACCCCAGGAAGGCAACAGACAGCUACGAGAUCUACUACAGCGGCAACAGCUUCCAGCAACUAACACUGGCACUGGGGGACCCAACAACGUCGGUAUGAUGCAAUCUGUUGCCCAGCAAUCGCCGCAGCAUCAGCAAGUACAGUCGCCUGGCGGCGGAUUCGUCGAUGAUCAACAGCAGCAACAGCAACAACAACAGCAGCAGCAGCAACAGCAUUUGCUACAGCAACAGCAACAGCAAAAUCAAAUGCAACAACAACAACAACAGCAGCAGCAAUCCCAAUUACCACAGCAAACGGUUAUGAUGCAGCAACCAGUGGCCGUUGGUCAAUCGGCUCCACCGAUGCCGAUGAGUCCAACCGAUAUGGGUACAUUCCGGCAACCGUUGCCACCGAACAUGAUGGCACGACCACGAAUGCCUGGAGCAAUGAAUCGACCAACAGCAGGAGGCGGAAGCAUCGUCGUCGGUCCUAACUCUCAGAUAGUGUUACGGCAACAGAUUGUCCGUGCAGCAACCGGCACCAACCAGAUGGUCAUCACUCAGCAGGGCAUGACAAUCACUCAGCAGCAGCAGCAGCAGCAGCAACAACAACAGCAAUCACAAAUUUUGCGCCAACGGAUGCAGCUGAUUGGACCAAAUGGAACGCCAAUAUCCGAUGGUAGCGGCUCAUCGCCUAACGGUGGUGGCCAAUUCAUUACUCCUACCGGACAGAUGCAUACUCAACCACAUCAACAGCAAAUGAUCGUCAAUAACCAACAGCAGCAGCAGCAACAAUUGCUUACCUCAUCGCAAACGGAUCAACAGAACAUAGCUCUGAUCGCACAACGAUUAGCUGGUGAAGGUGAGGCGCACGUUCCAUCGCAAACCCUUUCUUCGCGUCCUGCUGGAGCUCCACAGCAGCAAAACCAGCAGCAGCAACAACAACAGCCGCCAUCCCAGCAGCCCAAUGCGGGUGGCGGUCCAUCAGAGAUACCGGAUAGUGUGAGUGCCGAGUUGGAAAAGCUCGAACAAGAGGACAAUACGGGUAUGGGUGAGGUGGAAGGUGUGGGCGAUCUGUUAGGUGAGCUGGGAGAUGACGAUGCGGAACUACUGGACUCGCUAACGGCUGAAAUGGGUGACAUACAUUUCAACCUACUCGAGUACGCCGAUCCGGAACUCAAUUCGACGGACGGAGAGAAGUCGACUCUGCUGGAUAGUCUGGAGUUGGAUGACGAUGCUAAGGAUGCGGAAGCUAAAAGCAGGCAAAAGAUCGCAGAGAGCAGCGAUGGUGUUGGUGUUAGCAAUGCAAAUAAUGCAGCAGUUCCGAGUGUUGGUGUUGAACAGCAUGGCAUACAGUCAGCACCCGGCAACUUUGCUACCACGGCACCUAAUCAAGUCAUGCAACAGCAACAACAGCUUCAGCAGCAACAAUUUGGAUCACAACAAAUACUCAACCCUCAGCAGCAACAGGUACAAAUGCAAAUGAAGACGAUACGCCCAACCAUGAUAAACCAAUCAGUGAUGCAAAUGCAACAACAGCAACAGAUUCAACAACAAGGAAUCCUGGUCGGUUCGAAUGCGAUGGGAGGGCAGAGGAUGAUUCUAAAGGAUGGGAAUGGUGGUGUUGUAACGUCCAAUAUGAAGGCUGGCUUUAUUAAUCAGCAACAACGCAUGCAACAACUCAAGCAGCUAGGCGCUGGUGCGGGAAUGGGACCGGGUAUGGUGCAAACCAUGAUUUCCGGUCAACCGCAGCAGACCCAACAGCGUGUCCUGCAGCAGCAAAUGGCUGGCAAUCGUAUUAUACAGACCGUAGUGUCAAAUCAGCCACAACAGUCUCAGCCCCAGCAACAACAACAGCAGCAGCAGCUAAAUGCUGGAAUGCUUCAACAUCCACAGCAGGUGGUAGCACAACCUCAGCAUCUUCAGCAACAUCAGCAGCAGCAACAACCACAACAACAACAGCAGGCACCACAACAAACAAACGUACCCGGAGCGGUUGGACAGCCACCCCCACCCCCCUAUCCGGAGCCUCCACCACCAUACCCGGGCAAUCAAACGAUGCCGAAUGCAGCACCUCAAGGCCAUACUGUUGCUGGCGGUAAUCCUCAGGAACAGCGUUUGCUUUUGGAGGAUAUGGUGGAACAGGAAAAGCGGGAGCAGGCGAACCAACUGCAGCAAGCUAACGAUAUGCCGCCGUCCAGUCAAGGGAUGAUGAGCGAUCAUCAGGAUUACAUACGUAACCGGCCACAAGGUGGUCUGAUACCGAACCCGGGACAACACCAACAACAGGCGAUCGCUCAGCAACUCCAGAUGCAGUCACCGAAUGGCGGUGUUGGCGGCCAGUUUAUGGUACAACAGCAACAGCCACAACAAAGGAUGAAUCCACAGUGGCGUCCUCAAACACCAGUCCACGGUACCGGUGGUAUGAUGGGAACGCAUCAAUCCUCACAAUCUCUCGUCACACCAACCGGCACAAGUGGGGGAAUGAUGAACCCAAUGCUGCAACAGAAAAUCGGAACGGGAGGCAACUCUGUUAAUAGUGCUACAUUAUCAUCAGUUCCGCUGGUUUCUGGUGGUAGUGUGUCAUCAGUUAUUGCCCCACCACCAGUUGUCGAUCCGACGUCACCAUCUACCAAUCGAACAAUACCACUGUUCCAGGCAAACCUGCAACCACAACCGCCACAGCCACCGGAAAAUAUAGUCACCGAGCAAGAUCGUAUGCUUCAGGCCAACUACGAAACUUGGCUGCAGCAACAGAACACGGUCCUGUCGAACCAACUGAAGUACUACGAAACCGAAAUAGUAAAGCUGCGUAAAGUAAAGAAGCAACUCAACACGAAACAGCGGCAACAGCGCAAACAUGGCAACGAGUUGGCGGAAGGAGAUGCGAAGGAGCUACAGAAAACGACGGCUGACCAUACAGUCAUCCAGAAGCAGCUGGAAAACGCACGGCGUCAGCAGCGCCAGCACUCGGUCAUACUGCAGGAUUACAAAGCAAAGCACCCUUCGUCUGCUGCUAAAAUGCUUGGUGGUACCGGUGCCUCGACCCCGGGGAGCUCACCAGCUUCCCAGUCGCUACUUGCCCCGCAGUCACCGUUAAUGUCGCCCUCUCCAAGCUCUUCAAUGCAUCAACAACCGGUACAAUCGCCGUUAAAUAGUAACACGAUUUUGCAGCCCAGCCAAAGCCCACUGCACUCACCAAGUCCACUGCUCUCCCAGAGUCCCGGUCCCGCUAGCGUAAACUCAGUGAUGCAGAGCCCGGGCGGUAAUCAUACGAACUCAAACAGUGCCAUGUCGCCGUACAGCACCAUGCAACCGUCGCCACGCAUCGGUACGCCACAUUCACAAAUCGACGAUAAUCCCUUCAGUCCGGGACAUGGUGGGGGUCCUUCGCCAUCGCCCUCGCUGCCCGGAAGAUUAACGUCACCUGCACCGCGCAUGACCUCACCACAGCACCGGAUGGGUGGACAGCAACUGGUCGGUGCCGGCAACAGAAUGGUACAAAGCCCGGGUCAUCACCAACAGUACAGCCAACAGCAGGGUAUGAUGAUGAAUCAAAAUCCGAUGAUGAAUCCUCAGCAACAGCAGCAACAGCAAACGCGAUUCGUUCGACCACAGAUCAUACCGAAUGAUCCCAAUGUACGAAUGCGAGUUGCCAGCAACAUGCAGCUACAGCAGCAGCAGCAGCAGCAACAACAACAGCAACAGCAACAGCAGCAGCAACAAAUGCAGCAUCAACAAAUGAUGGCUCAAAAUCCUAACAUUCGCCAAAUGCAGCCAGGCAAUAGUGGAAGUGGUUACAAUUCACCUCUCGGUAGCCCACAGCCGAUCAUGUCCCCUGGAGGAGCAGGUCCGGUCAACAUCAUUGGCCAACAACAGCAACAGCAGCAGGGUAUGGAUCCACGACAGAUACAAUUCAUGCAGCAACAGCAACGCAUUCAACAAAUGCAGCAACAACGCCAACAGUUGAUGCAAUCACCGCAACAUUCAACCGGCCAACUCCUGCAACAGCAAUCACCCCAGCAUCCCAACAGUGGCGGUGGUGGUAUGCAAAUGAUACAACAACAAUCACCACAGCAUCCGGGCGCCGCCGGUCAAAUGAUGCAGCAGCAGCAACAGCCUAAUCAGCAGCAAAUGCAAAUGAUGCAACAGCAGCAGCAGCAGCAGCAAAUGCAAAUGCAUCAGUUACAACAACAGCAACAGCAACAGCAACAUAUGAACUUUGCAAAGCAAAGCCCGAUCCAUCAACAACCACCGUCGCCCUUGUUGAGCCACGGUGGCAACACUCCCACAUCACAAUCUCCGAUGCCUCAAAGUCCGAUGUUGUACUACGGACAGCAGCAGCAGCAGCAACAACAACAACCCCAGCCACAGCAGCAGCAAAUGAUGCGCCAACAGUCAAUGACCGGUGGGGAAAACUACGCCAAUAAUCCCAACAAUGGUGGUGGCAGUGGUGGUGGGAUGAAUCAUCCUUCCAAUCCGAUUCCUGCUCCAACAUCGGCCCCGUUCGCUAAUAUUCGAUACGUGAAACUUGGUUUGCGUGGUGGGUCACCGAUGUGGGACAACGGAGCACGUGGCAACAAGCGAGCGAUACCCGUAAACCAGCAACAGCGAUUGCAGAAGCUUCUGCUGCAAAGACAGCAGCAGCAGGCAGCGGCAGCUGGCACAUCGGCUACUAAUACCGUUGCUAGCGUAACUGUGACACCUUCGUUGCAACAGCGAACGGUAGUGGCCGGGAGUAGCACUGGUGCUACACCCGAAGGCCGCAAACUGGCGACAGCAACGUUUAUCCAGCAGCACCGUAAUCGUAUAACGAUCGUUCCGAAACCACAGGUCGUGACGUUAAAGACAGCAACCAUUGGUGGUGGUGGUAGCGGUAGUGCUAGCAGCAGUAGCACUAGUAGCAGUGUCGAGGAAAUCGUGGUAAUCGAUAGUAGUCCUGAUGAAAAGCAGCAGCAGCAGCAGCAACGCUUGAUGGACUACGACGAUGACAACGACCAUAAAGCGCUAGUGGCAACCGAAGUUUCGCUCAACUCGGUCGCACAGCACGGUGUCGAUGGGGAUGAGACGAUCAUCGAGUCACUGUCGAGUACUGGCAGUGCCGCGGGUGUUGGUGGUGUCAGUGUUGGUUCCAGUGGCGGUGGGUACGAGAUCGUUGGCAGCCCACUUAACUCGCAGAUCGUCGGUGGUUCCGAGUACAAUCUCUUCUCGGAGGACGUGGUUGAAUGUGUCGACAGUGAGGAUGGUGGUGUGACGAUCGUUUCCUCACCACUACCAGUAGUGCUAUCGACAGCGAAGAAAUCAGACACGAGCGAUAUAACGAAUGCAAAGGACAGUAGACCGUUGUUAGUUGGUUCAGAGAUUGAAAUCGUCGAGAGCGUGGAUGAUGCUAGCAAUAGUAUGGCGUCGACAUCAGAGGAUUUCGAGGCCAUGAUUGAUAGCCGUCCAAAAGAGGCCCAAGGCAGUUCAGCAACACCAUCCGUUACUGGCAGAACGAUUGUGGUGGUCGACAGUGGAUCACCGAAAACGGGGACGAUCUAUCUGCGAAAGGAUGACAAUAACAAGCUGGUCGCGGUUGAAAAGUUGCCCACCGGCAGCAGCACAGCGUCUGGUAAAGAGAUGACGGUGGUCACUGUAUCGGCAGCCCCAGGGCAGCAGGGUGCCACGUCAGCGAAACCGAUGUCCUAUCCGACAGCCAGAAUUGCCGCAAUACAGCAAUCGCUAAUGCAAACCCGUCCGAUCGUUUCGGCCGCACACCAGCGUCUAGUAAAGGAUGGCACCGAAACCACGGCAAAGCUAUCGAUCGGCAACACGACUAUCUCAGUGCCGAUACUGAAAAGUAUCCCCAUCACGACAGCGACAACACAGCCCAAAACAUCAUCCGACCAGCAGCAGCAACAGCAGCAACAACAGCAACAACAGCAGCAGCAGCAGCAGCAACAACAUCAGCAGCAUCAUGGUAGCAACAGUGCAGCUGGUACAGGCAGUGGAGGAGGAAAUAGUGAAGGUACCAUGCCGGGAGCGAACAAGACUACGACCAUCAGUGUUACCGGAGGAGGGCAAACGAAAAAGAUUGUCAACGCAUCGGGGCUCACUAUCGGUAGUCUGCCCAAAGGAGCUACCUUCACUGGUGGCCUUGGUAGCACUAACGUUAGUGGCGGCAGUGGUGGUGGUGGUGGUGGUACGGUCAUAACGGUCGGAGGACAGAAAAUCAGCACCACAACCAGCAUCGUAACGCUUUCAUCACUUAACUUGAACGCUCAAACGGUGGCCGCCGGUGGUGCGUUAAUUACUAAAUCGUUCGCACGUCCCGGUGGUGGCACAUCCGUCACUAUCCAGCAGCAGCAACCCCAGCUGCAAAAGCAGUUCAAUGUGGCCAGCAUGGCUGGAUCGCAGAUAAAAAUUCAAUCUGCCACCGGAAAACAGUUGACCAUCACACCAUCCGCGGUCAGUAUGAACAAUGCAGCAGGGGCCUCGUCGGCUACGUCUACCGCGGGCACGACGACGGCCACGAUUGUGGCCGUUACUCAACCACAACAGCAGCUAAGCACUACUGUGCCUUCCUCGGAGAGCCUUGUGAUGAACAUCAAGUCGAAAGCACCAUCACCGAGCAUAAGUUAUGCGAAACUGUCUUCGCUGACCGUUUCGCAGGAUGUGUCGCUGCCGACAAAGAUCUUCGAGGAUGAUUCCAUCUCACCCGACAGCUCGAUCAGCCAAGAGGAUGCCGACCAGUUGCCGCUAGAGAAAGGCGAUCCAACGCCUUCGCAAGAUGAUGCCACGGGAAAGCCAAUGGCGGAUGGCGGUAGUUCCUCCUCAUCAAACGAUUCAUCGAUCGUAACGCAGAAUGAACUGAAAGGAGGCACCGUAACCAGUGAUGGUAAUGUGGUGCAAUCGACGACAAUGGUAACAGUCACGGCGGCCGCCGCCGCCCCGACGAAUGCGACUGGACUCAAGCCGAAACAAAACAUUAUUCCGGUCCAUCUCAUUGCGAAAGCGCGUGAGAAUUCGCGCAGCCCGAUCAUGGCGAAUGCGACAGGAGGAGGUGGUGGAGGAGCAGGUUCCAACGUGUCCUCCUCUGGUACUGUAAGCGGCAGUGGUACCACUGGAGCACGUAUCGUGCCACAGCUGUCACCUCUCUCGCAACCGAAUGAACUAACGCUUAACGCCAUGAAUGUGUCGCAGCAGGUGCGCUCGAUCAUGUCCUCAAUCAAUGUGGCCACAAGCAGCGCCGCGGCACCAACAAGCGUUGGAGGUGGAUCUACCAGCUUCACGACCUCGACGUUCGGUACGGUCGUACCGAUGUCGUCGCUCACCAAUGCGACCAGUGUAGCAGCAUCCAACAUCUCGACGAUCACCUUCGAUACCGUAUCGAUGUCACCGUCGGCAUCUUCCAAGCGUCACCAAGACAACAUGAGCAAAACGGAAACGAUUGCCAGCAUACUCAAAACGGUUUCCGGUAAAACCAUCCUACCGGCAUCGGCUAUCGCGAGCAACUCGAACCUAGCGAAAGCCGUAUCAGAGGCAGCAACGGCAUCUAGCGUUGCAUCAGGAGCACCGCAUACGGCCACCGCAACGAUUGCCGGUACCAAGCUACAACUGAGCCGUCUGCCUGGUCAAGCCGGUAUGGGCGGGUCCAAUAGUAAUGUAUUUCUGUUCAAGCAGGUUCGUGCACCAAACAGUAAGCAAACCGUCGCACACAGUCUAACCCAAAAACAGCUUGUAGUGCUGACCAGCUCACAGGCUGGUCAAGGUGGAGCACAACAAAUUAAAAUACAACAGCAGCAACAGCCGAUAACGACCGCUAGCGUUGGUGGUACUGGCACUGGUGGCAGCUUCUUGAAGCUGUCUAGCGCCCCAACGGCCACGACCGGAAGCUCUGCGAUUGCUAGCAGCAGCGCGGCGGCGUCAAUGUCCGUCAUCGAGCCUGGUUCGACGAUGGGCGGUACGCCACAGCAAAUCAUCUGUACCAAUCAGGCGACCGGACAGACAAGGAUCGUCAGCCUAGGCACAGUCGUUGGCACGACGAGCGAUGGUACGAAAUCCAUUCUAAUGACACCGAACCGACCGGCCGGCGCCACUGCUACAUCCAGCGUGGUCGUAAGCGUAACUUCCGCCAGCCCCAUCACGACCAGCAUCCUCAGUGCGACACUGUCGCAGCCUCUGCUCAAGAGCAGCAGUAGCGGCGGUAGCAAUUCAACGAACAGCAACACCAUGAGCACACUACUCCAAAACCAACUCCAGAGCGUUACCUCGUUCCGGCGGUCGAAAUCCACCGAUGAACCACCGAUCCACCAUCAGCUGCACGGUCGUGAGCAGACAGCAACGCACGUUCUCAGCAAGCGGUUAAGUCUCGAAGCAACGAAUGCAUCACAACAACCUACCACGCCAGCAACAACGGCUACGGUGGUGGCCACCAUAAUCAAGAGUGAACCGGUUGACAGCUUGACGGAUGAUACAAGUGUAAGCUCCUCUUCUACCUUGGGUGCAGCCAAAACGUCCGCUGCCGAUACUUCGAGCAACAACGCUGGUGGUGGUGGUGGUUGUAAGUUCUCUACCAUAAGCAGCUCAUCUAUUAGCGGCAACACCAGUACCAGCAGCAGCAGCAGCAACAGUGGCGGUAGCGGUAUCAGUUCCGGUGUCGGCAAAUCGGAAGAAUCGCAAAACGUACUACUGAAGCAGUUGCUCCAAAAUACGACUGGAUCGAGUUCCUCGGUGGCUUCACCGGCACCCUCACCGAUCGGCCGAUCGGUCGUUCCGGGGCUUAUGACGAAUCAACGAGCACCGAGCUUGGGUGUCGUGAGUUCGCUCGAGGCACAGCUCGCACGUCCCGUCAUUCCACCGUCGGCUAAUCCACCGACCGCCAUUCACCAGAUCAUCAGCGCUCCCCAUCCUUCCUCCCUUUCUUCGGUGGCAAAUGUUACCAUUACGGCGGCAGCGUCCAGCUCUUCCUCCUCCUCAUCAUCAUCGUCGGCUGCAUCCGCGUCAAGCUCCUUGGUCACUACGCUGUCCAACGUUACACCGUUGCCUACAUCCGCGAGUUCCAACAGUGGUGUGGUUAGUGCUGCUACCGCUCCAGCUGUUACGGCUACAGCAGGACAACCAUCAACGGUGGUUGUCGUGAGUAUGGCUGCUGCUUCAACACCAACAUCAUCUAGCACUAGCACCCCUGCAACAUCCAGCACGCCAACGGCGGAAUUAUCGGCAAACUCCUCAACCACCACAAUGGCAUCGUCAAACAAAGCGAAGAUGCUGAUUUCGAGAGAAACCUCGUUUGUCUCAAAGCCCCCGUCCAAUCUUGCUAGCCAUCCGACACCGAACCUGGUCGCCAAUAUGCUCGCCGCCAGCAUCAAGAAAGAAGAGAUGCUACAAGCGGCUGCCGCUGCUGCCUCGACCACUGCCGUGACCGUAGGAACUGGAGGUGCUCCCACGAUCGCAGUAUCCACAUCCGGAGGUCAACCACCGGUGGUGAAGGUGGAACCGGGAAACGCACAACCGAUCGUGCAGGGUGCGUCAUUGAACCAGGGGGACAUGGUAGCAACGACAACUGCUGCCGCCACCACGGUCACAUCAGUAACCCAGCAGCAAACCAUGCCAACGGCUACUGUAGAGACCACAGUCACGACGGAUGUCGCGAUUGCAACGUCCACGGUGAAAACGAACGUUGUUGACGAUCAGCAGCGACGUGUGACGCCGAGUCCGGUCACUGAGACCACACCUGGUGGUACCAGGCCGACCACACCUUUGUCAUCGUCAUCACCAGCGCCACCAUCACGUCCUGGUUCAGCUUCACUCCGUAUCGAUGCCAGUGCCACAGUAGGCGGUGCAGAGUCGAAGGUAACUACGGCUAGUAGCCCGGUAACAACCGUCACUAGUAGCAGCAGCACCACCACCAAUAGUACCAACUCCUCUUCGUCCGUAAUGACCGUUGCUCCAUCAUCAUCAUCAUCGAUGGGACCCCCACCUUCCCAGACACCUCCGAUCGGUCCGAAUACAUCACCGUCUCCAGGCAAUGAUUCUGCAGCGACUGUUACCACGGCAACUAGCAACACCCCGACGCCUGCGAUUAGCACUGGCAGCAGCAGCAGUGGCAAUGGAUCAUCGUCCACGCUCUUGUCUACCACCAUCAAAGAGGAACCAGGUGUAACUGUGGAUGCGACCACAGCAGCCCCAGCUUUGCCCAUUGAGACUGUCCCGGCGAAAACCGCGGCCGAGAUAGCGUUGGAGCUGAAGAAGAAAAAACGGCGCGAAUAUCAGAAAAACCGUCGCCAGAUGCAGAUUCAGUCGAUCAAGGAGGGUCAGCAGCAGCAACAGCAGCACGGUGGCGGUAAUGUUGGUGGUGUCGGUGGUGGUACCGGCAGUGGUACGGGCACUGGCGCAUCUGCCGCUGGCACCGGAGGGGGUGGUGGCAGUGGUGGUGGCGGACAGGCUAAGAAGAAAGCACGCAAAUCGACUAAGGUGGAGGAGGAUUACGAUACCUGUAUCGAUAAUCUGAUGGGCCAGUUGCGUCUGCUGCCACCGAUGCAGAUCCUCGAACCGCAGCUACCGCGCAACCACGCCGUGUGCCCUCUGUUCGGUACGGGCGAACUGUCCCGGUUCACCUUGCUGAAGUCAUACUCGAUCGCUAGCGGGGAUCUGACCGGUUGCUACGGUGCAGCUCAGCUGCCCACGGUGGCCGAUUUCUACAACACGAGCCCGUUCGGUGUGAAGGAACCACCACCGAAAGCGGCGGUACCGGCCACCGCCCAGACCCAGCGUGGGUUCUAUGAUCAAGAGUUUCCACCGAUCAAGUUCGAAACGGAGGAACGGCAGCGGUAUGAGUUUACGACGGCGGGACGCGGCGGUACGGCGGCAGAUCGCGAUCUUGAUUCGCCCGAUACGAUCGUCAGCACAUCGAGCCCCGAGUGUCACCGAUGGGACGCCUCACCGAUCGGGUUUCCCGGUUUACGGCUAAUCAAGGAGGAACCCGAGGACGACGAGGAUGAUCCGAUGACCGUAUACGGCCGUAUGUCACCGGUUGUACCGAUCCUGGCACCGGUUCCGAUUCGUUUGCGCAAGGGAGGAGCCAUUACACUGCUCUCCGAUGGGUCGGCGGCACGUCUGUCGCGCCCGGUAACAGCCGCAUCGCGACAGGACACUAGCGACAAGGAGAAUGAAGGUGGUGGUGCCGGUUAUAAAGAUACGGUACGAUCCCGGUUCGGUGGCCCACCGUCGACAGCGUCCGUGAUGGGCCCUAAUCGGCCCAAGGAUGGCAGUAACGUGACGGUCACGCUAACGCUUACUUCUUCGGCCGCCGAAGACAUCCUCGGGGUGCUGCGCGAUCUCGCCAACAUACUGGAAAUUCCGCCACCGACUGCGUAUCAGAUUGUGGAGCGAACGGCCACACCCACGAGCCAAAAGCUGGGCCUGUACCGUGCGAAGGGACGGGAUGGUAAGGAAGGGGCACCGAUCGACAUCCAGACGAUCCUGAACGGAAUGGCACGCUUCUGCCGUCACUGUGACGUGGUGAUCCUCAGCAACAUCAUCAUCGCGAAGGCAACCGAGUUUCCGCUAUUGACGGCUCGUAAUGGGCCACGGGAUGGGUCGCAGGAUGACGUUGGACUCCUGGAGUCCGAUGAGCUGUACUUCUGUAGCGAGCAGUGCUACCGACAGUUCAAGUGGCGUCCCACCAACGUGCUGGAUGUGGAUGACGAACGUACACCGUUGGCCGCCAAAUCGGUGCCGAAUGCCGAAGACGGGGAUGGAACAGUGAAGGCAGCGGUGGCGUCUACCGCGGUUGGUAGUGAGGAUACCGUGACAAUCAAGCAGGAAGUAAAUGACGAGGAAAUGAUGGUAGUAGACUCAGUGGCAGGCGAUGGAUCAGCUAGUGGCGAUCGAAAGAAUCGCAAACAUCCGCUUGGCGGCGCUGCCAGUGAGGAUGAUGUGAGCGAGCAACCACCGGCGAAACAGCUGAAGGGCGUCCGGUACAAAACCUUCACCCCGCACUGUUUCCCCGUCCAGCGGCUCCGGAAACCAUCGGAGAAGGAGAUCACGGAAACGUUGUUCCGCAUGAACAUAACGGUGACGCCAUCGCCCAAGGUGCCGGACGAUACGCGGCGCUGCAUCUUUUGCCACACGGUUGGUGACGGUGUAGCGGAUGGGCCCUCUCGUCUCCUGAACUUUGACGUCGACAAGUGGGUACACCUGAACUGUGCGCUUUGGUCCGAUGGCGUUUACGAGACGGUCAACGGUGCGCUCAUGAACCUAGAGACGGCGCUUCAGCACAGCCUCACGUCGGUGUGCGCUUUCUGCUCUAGCCCGGGUGCCACGAUCAAGUGCUUCAAAACGCGGUGCACCAACGUGUACCAUCUCGGGUGUGCAAUGAAGGAUGGUUGCGUGUUCUACAAGAACAAGUCCACCAUGUGCGCGACACAUGCACCGCGCACGGAGAAAGACUCGGAACUGACGACGCUGAGCGUGCAGCGGCGCGUCUACGUCGAUCGGGAUGAGAGCCGCCAGGUCGCGUCCGUGAUGCAUCACUCCGAGUCGAGCAAUCUACUGCGCGUCGGCAGCCUCAUCUUUCUCAACGUUGGCCAGCUACUGCCGCAUCAGCUACAAAGCUUCCACACACCCAACUACAUCUACCCGAUUGGCUAUAAGAUUAUACGCUUCUAUUGGUCUAUGCGGAGACCGAACAAGCGAUGUCGCUACAUAUGCUCUAUCGCGGAUGUCAGUGGGCGGCCCGAGUUCCGGGUGCUCGUACAGGAAGCGUCCGAGGAGGAUAUCGAGCUGCGCGACGCAACACCGAAGGCGGUCUGGCAGCGGAUCCUUGAACCGAUGGCGUUGCUGCGCAAAAACUGCCACCUGGUGCAACUGUUCCCGCGCUACGUCAGCGGUGAGGAUCUGUUCGGGCUGACGGAACCGGCCGUGGUGCGUAUACUCGAGAGUCUGCCGGGCAUCGAAACGCUGACCGACUAUCGGUUCAAGUACGGGCGCAAUCCGCUGCUCGAGCUACCGCUCGCCAUCAACCCAUCUGGGGCGGCCCGUACCGAGCCGAAGCUGAAGCACACACUCUCGUGGAAAAAACCGCACACGCAGCGCACGGGAACGGCCGCUAGCCAGCGGCCUACCUUCGUGCCGACCAGUUCGUCCCCGGCCGGUGAAGUUGCCUGCCCAUACAGCAAACAGUUCGUACACUCGAAAAGCUCGCAGUACAAGAAGAUGAAGCAGGAAUGGCGUAACAAUGUGUUUCUGGCGCGCUCGAAAAUUCAGGGCCUAGGUUUGUACGCAGCCCGUGAUCUCGAGAAGCACACGAUGGUGAUCGAGUACAUCGGAGAGGUGAUCCGCACCGAGGUGUCGGAGCUGCGCGAAAAGCAGUACGAGGCAAAGAACCGUGGUAUCUAUAUGUUCCGCUUGGACGAGGAGCGCGUGGUGGAUGCGACGCUUUCCGGUGGACUGGCACGCUACAUUAACCAUUCGUGCAAUCCAAACUGUGUGACGGAAACGGUCGAAGUGGAUCGUGAGCUGCGGAUUAUCAUCUUUGCCAAGCGGCGCAUCAAUCGGGGCGAAGAACUGUCCUACGAUUACAAGUUUGAUAUCGAAGACGACGCCCAUAAGAUCUCCUGCAUGUGCGGCGCACCCAACUGCAAGAAGUGGAUGAAUUAAAGGACGUCGCUCAUAUCGCGGUGACUCAGUAUGUGGUGUCUGCUGCGACGCACACCAUAUAGUAGCUUACGAUACGAUAAGUGAGUAGAACAAUAAGUGACAUACAUACAGUGUGUGAUACGGUAUGGAUAACCCGCGCGUAGAGGAUACAAAUUGUACGGGGACCACACGCGCUUUCUUCUCUUUAUUGACGAAGGUAAUGACGAAUGGUGAAGACGACGACGACGACGACGACAAAGGCCAAGGCCAUGUCGUGAAUAAACCGUACAAUAUACAAACACCUGUACCCCUCCCCCCAAUCACCACACUCUCACCCUCUCCGAACUGUAACUCUAAUAGAGACUAUAUACAUCUAUACACAUAUACAUAACUAUAUCUUUACCUAUAUACAUAUACUAUUAGGAAGAAUAUAUAUAUACAUACAUACAUAUAUAUAUUUUCGGACGAUUAUUUUAGCAACAGAUUUUGCUAUAUAUACAAAAGGAUUGUGGUGUUGGUGCGAGUCGAGUAAAUCGUAAGCGGAUAAACAAGUGAAAAACGGGAAAUAAUGUGCAAACAAAAAGAUUACGAGAUCGUGAGAAGAAAAUUGUUGUGUUUAACACCAGCAGAACACUCACCACCCAGGCCAGACACGGUGGGUGGGUGGUGGAGAUGGUGGUCUACCAGAGACGGGUUAGGAACUUUAGAACGGUAACAAGGAAACAGAAGAGAUAGAUAAGGUAUAGGAUUAGCGGAAUGGUAUGUUGCGUCGUGGCCCAUACCAUCAAUUCACGCAUCCCCUCAAAGCCCAUACACUUUCACAAACCUCCUUUUUAUACACAUUACGCAUGUUAAGUAUUAAAGCGGAUCGUGGUGUGGUGCGAAUAGAGGAAGCCAUUUUUUAGUUAGUACCGAUGGCUGGAACGUGUAGUGCAGACACAUUCGAAAAAUCCCGAUUAAGAAAAGUUGAACAAAUGUACAGUUAAAAUAAAUACAAAAUCCCAAUAUU